GUGAGAGAGAGAGAGCGCGUCGUUGCCAUGACGACGGCCACGUUAAAACACGGUCUCUCUCGUGGCUUUCCGUUGGGACGUUCAGUCAGCGUGUUGGUGCGCGCCGGCUGAACGCACGGUGUCGGUGCUCGUGUCCGCUGCGCACCGUCCCGGGAUGAGACGUUGCCCUCGGCCGUGAGACGAGAACCGCGGAGGACGAGCGCGCGCGCGGGCGCGGGCGAAAGCGUCGCGCACCUGCGGCCGGAUGGAAAUAGAUGGGGGGACUCGCGCCGCAGCCGUCGCCGCCGCACUCUACCGGUCGUUUCACCGCCUCUCGCGUUCCACGGGGGCGCGCGCUCGCAAACUGAUUUAACUCCGGGUGACGUGAAUACCGCUCGGGGGACUAGAAAGGCUACCGGGGGGACGACAAUGCCCCGCGGCUCGGUCCGGCACUCCCGGCUUUUGUUCGUGCGGCUGCGGACGCAAGGUGCCCGGUCUCCCCCGGUUCAUCUCCAGUAGCUUCACAUCUCCCCCCCCCCCCUCCCACAUUCUAUCCCCAUCACCGUCGCUGCUCCGCUCCGGACGUUCUGCCCCCCACCACCCCCCCGGUGUGGAUAGGAUAAUAUGACUUGGUCCUGGUCCACAAACGGCUGCGUCCUGUGUCUCCUGCUCUGCUGCGUGGUGGAAUCGUCCGGCGCCGGUGAGAGUGCUUGUUGGUCUCCUAGUGUCACUUCUUGUGCAGAGUGCCUCAGACGUGGACCACAGUGUGCCUGGUGCUUUAAGAAGGACUUUUUGGACACGGCGGGGCCGAGCCAACGCUGCGACUUGCCAGCGACGCUGUUGAGGAGAGGCUGCGAGCGGGAGUUCAUGGAGCAGUCGGAGGUCAAGGUGGAGGUCAACGCUACCGUCAGCAGCACGCAAGUGUCCCCACAAGACAUCAGCAUCACCCUCAGACCAGGUUCGGAGGCCAGCGUCAUAGUGGCUGUGAAGCAGCUGGAGCGUUAUCCAGUGGAUCUGUACUGCCUCGUUGACGUAUCCGCAUCCAUGCAGGAAAAUCUUGAUCAUUUGAAGACGAUGGGCGUGGCGCUGUCCUUCCGCAUGGCGGCGCAGUCCUCGGACCUGUGGCUGGGUUUCGGCUCCUUUGUGGACAAACCGGUGUCCCCUUACAUCAAUGUUCACCCCUCCAAGCUUCGCAACCCCUGCAGUGACUAUGAGAUCAGCUGUCGCCCCGCCCACGGCUUCCACCACGUCCUGAGUAUGACCAGCAACAUGAGCGAGUUCACGCGGGUGAUCAAACGCCAGCGCAUCUCCGGAAACAUGGACACGCCUGAGGGGGGGCUGGAUGCCAUGCUGCAGGCCGCCGUCUGCCAGAGAUCGGUAGGUUGGCGACCAGACGCCAAACGCCUGCUGCUGCUGAUGACCGACCAGCCGUCUCACCUCGCCUUGGACAGCCGGCUGGCCGGGAUCGUGACGCCACACGACGGCCUGUGUCACCUGGAAAACAAUGUCUACACGGGGAGCACUGAGAUGGACCAUCCCAGUGUGGGUCUGUUGUCUGAUAAGAUGCUUGAAAACCAUAUGCUCUCUAUCUUCGCUGUGGAGAAGCAGCAGUACCAGUGGUACGAGGAGUUGGUGCGUUUGCUACCUGGCUCCUACCUGGGAAAGUUAGGCCUCUUCCAGGCCCCGAACCUUAUUGAGCUGGUGGUGGACGCAUACAAGAUGUUGCUGUCGGAGGUGGCGGUAUCAGUGUCAGUGGAGGACAAGGCAGCCAGCAGGUACUGGGUGUCUGUGUCUCCUGUCUGUCCCGAUGGAUCCACGGUGAAGGACCAGAGGUGUUCGGGAGUGAUGCCCGGCCAGACGGCGUACUUCAACAUCACCAUCGGGAUGCGCUCCUGUCCCGACAGCGCCGAACGCGAGGAUGUGACGGUGCUGGUUCGUCCCGUGGGCUACAACGAAUCCACCGUUAUCAAGAUCCACUCUAAAUGCGCCUGCAGUUGUGGCCCAACGAGGCGCUGCUACGAGGAAAGCCAAUGCGGAGGAAGCUCCGGUCGGGAGCAGGGGCUGGAUCGGGGACUCGUGAAGGACUCAGACGGGGGGUCAAACUGGAACUGCAGAGCGGAUGGUUCUGAGGUGGACUGCAGUGGUCGGGGCGCGUGUGAGUGCGGGAGGUGUGUGUGUGACCUGUCCAGGCUCGGCUCCGUACGCGGGAAAUACUGCGAGAUAGACGACUUCUCCUGCCCGUACCGAGGGGGCCUGCCGUGUGGAGGGCGUGGCGUGUGUGUGUCGGGCGAGUGUGUGUGCCAGGACGAGUGGACCGGCGAUAGCUGUGGUUGUCCCGUCUCCACGGCGACCUGCCAAUCAGCCGACGGCUUGCUGUGCAGCGGGCGGGGCAGGUGCGCGUGUGGCAGGUGUGUGUGCGACGACCCCCGGCGCUACGGAGACUUCUGUGAGAGAUGUCCCGCUUGUCAAAACAGCUGCCAGUCAUUCUGGAAUUGUGUGGACUGCCACUUGUCUCACGGCCUCGCACAAAAAGACAUUGCAGAACAUUGCAACAACACCUGUGCCCCGCUGGUGGGCUACGUGGACGUCUUAUCAGGCCGAGCAGAGGAGAUGUGGAUUCAGUGCAUGUACAUCAGCAACGACGGCUGUCGCCAUCGGUUUCAAACGAGCACACAGGCUGGUCAGACUCAGCUUCAAAUCAGCACAAGACCAGAGUGCGCCGACAACAGCCGGCUGCUGGGAACAUUCCUGAGUGUGUGUGCUCUGACGGUGCUGUGCGGGCUGGUGCUGGUGGCCGUGUCCCGGCUGCUGCUGCAGAAAAGAGCCCUGUCACCAGGGGGCACUGCUGCCGAGGGACCCUACCACUGCCCCGGAAAGGACCUGUCAUUCAUCCCAACAACCAAUGAGAAGACAGUUACUUACAGGAGAGACUGCCUACCUGACCGACCCGUGGAGAUGCACAUCCAGGUUGCCAAGAUGCCCCUCGGUGACCCCUGGCAGUGUUGAGCCAAGGUCACAGGACAAGGUCGAAAAGAAGUCAGUAGAGACACACGGGGGAGUCAAGUUUAGACUCAUUUUUCAGCCUCUAAAUCUUCCACCAGGUGCACAAGGAGUCUGAUAAUGAUGAAGUAAACUGUGAAUGCCUACACAGGAUCACAUUCGUUAAAUGAACUGACCAAACUCUCGUAGACUGUGACUAAGGAGGCCAGUAUCUCGGAAGUCAAGAUGAAACAAAGAGCACAUAUCCCCCACAUCCUAUUCCUCUGCAGCAACAGGCAGGCCGCUUCUUCCACGGGGGCGGGGGGGGGGGUAAAGGGUGAUCAUCCUCACAUCAACAUUGUUUAUUAGCCCUGCAGGCAAUAGGUGUGUGUGUGUGUGUUUGUGUGCACCAGUUAGACGCAUUUGUCCUUUUUACUGGCUCACUAUUUAUGAUUUAAUAGCAACUACAUCCCUGCAUCACAACAACACUACAUGUUGGACAUUUCUAGGACUGUGACAAAGCUCCAACUGAACCGUCUGCCUGCAGCGUUAGUCUGCCCUCAUGUGGCCGGAUUGAGGUACAGAAUUUAGUCUCUAAUAAUAACGUCAACACAUUACUGACCUCAGCUGUACUGCUUGGCUUUUAAGUGACAGAGCGCACCAAUGACAGUGUAAGGCUCUUAUUUCAUUCGUGGCACCCUUGUCUUCUAGUUUCUUUGUUACAUUUUGGUACUGCUAGCCGAUCAGCUCCAUUGCAAAUGGUUGUUUCUUUAUGGCAUUUUUCUUUCCUUGUGAAAUUAGUAUAUAGUUUAGUUAUGUGUUUUUUUUUUAUCUGGGUGGACUUGCACUAGAACAGUUGCAUUAUACUACUGAAACCUGGGGUGUCUCUGGAGUAGGAGAGCUGUGAUUUUUCUACCUGUCGGGCAUUUGAAGGCAUCAAACGACGGCUACUCAUUAAGUGCAUUUAAAGCUGAUGUAACAAAUCCACUACACUGGAGGAACAAUGAACUAAAAUAACCUGUCUAAAAGAUUUCAACAUCCCCACAAUGAAUUGCAACAGUAUCCUCAAAUGCUUUGCACGUGGCCCCCACUAACAGGCAGAACCCGAACCGGGUCUGUUUGCAUCUGCUGAUCAUCCCAGAAGCCGUUAGUGACGAGUUCGAACUCAUAAAAUCAGUUCUCAAGGUACUGAGGUCAGUGGUGGAGUUCCAGCCCUCAUGGGCUCCGUCAUCUGGAUCCAGAGUGCUGGUUUGCUCAAUUCUGUUCCUGUUCUGUUUUAAAUUUCAUUCAGCACAAUAUUGUUUACAGCAACAGCUCCCUCUUUUACUGUAAGUCGGGAACACUAAUUAUUAUUUAUUGUGAUUGUUCUAUUAGUUUUAUGUUUAUUGUGCUAUUUUAAGAUGAGGCUACCUGUAUUGCAGGUAUGGGUACUGUGUGGAUUCAUGAAUAGAAUUCUUUAUCUCUAACGAGGAGAAUCAUUUAGCAAAAUGGUCAUAAUCAUCUCAUCUAACUGAGUUUGGAAUAACAACAGCACUUUUCUGUGUAUUUUUAAUGUCAAUUAAUGUGACUAGUUGUAGCAUAUAGGUUUUCACCACAAUAAAACUUGCAGGAUUGUU